AUGCAUUCGCGCAUGCCUAAUGACGCUGGUUACAUUCCGAUGGACGCAACGGUGGCGAUUUUCGGGGAGCCUCAGCCAGAAAUAAUCUCGCUGCAAGACGCCCUCCAAGGCGGGGUAACAGAUCUCGAGAAGCUGCCCAUCGCGCCAGCCGAAGGCACCGGGAUAGUCGAGUUCGACGACAUCGGUCAUAUCAACCAGAAUGAACAAUAUGACAUGUUCGGAGGAGAGCUUGAUCUGGAAGAUCUGAUCGACACGGUCACGUUGCUCCAAUGCAGAUUCUGUCAGUACAGCUGCGCCAAGAAGAAUCUUCUCAUGACACACAUCAAAACAUAUCACCGCGAGGAAGUCCGGGAUCUAGUCAAACAAGAAUACUGGUCUCAGAUAAUCGCUCCGAAUGACGCCGUCGAAGACGAGAAUAUAUUGGGUAUAAGCACAGGGAAGGAGGAGCUUCAAAAGGAAGCUCAACGGCUCGAACAGGACGAGAUGCCCCAAGUUGACAUCGGGGAAACGACAAUUUACCUGUGCUCGUUCUGCAAUUGUACGUUCGAGCAGUUCGCCGAGUGUGAGAACCACAUGAAGAUUGAACAUUAUCAAUGUGCUGCGGAAACGAAAAAAGUAACGAGUGAAGAGGACUCCGGCUCAUUCUCCCCCCCCGUAGACCACGUCGAUCCUGAGCUCGCUCAAUCAGCCUCUGUAUAUACUAGUCACGACCCACGAGACCCUCACGAGAUACAGGCAGAAAUUUUCCAACAAGAGCUCCCUCGGCGCUUCGAAGCUCCCGACAAUCGGAGCUUCAGAUGUCCGCAGAGGUUCUGUCCGCAAAAAUUCCGAAGCGAAGAAGCCUUGAAUUAUCAUAAACGGAGUCAUCUACUCCGCAUAAUUUUGAGCGACCAGGAGAAAGAUCAAGAAGAAGAAUCACUCCGGAGUAACGACAAAGCCUGCAACACAGAAUUCCCAUCAGGGAUCAAUCAGCUGUACAAGUGCCCAGAAUGCGGGGUGCGGAUUUUUUCGUGGAGAAAUACUGUCUCGCAUCUGUGGAGGAAGCAUCAAGUGGAUUGUGAUCAAUAUUCCUGCAAAGUGUGUGAAUACAAAACACCAUCAUAUUACAAAUUGCUCACUCACAACCAAAUCCACUCAGAUAGACGGAACUAUGUUUGCGUGACCUGCGGGAAGGAUUAUAAACAAUUAGCUCAACUCAGGAACCACAUGAUUGUGCACAAGGACAAGAAGGCUGGUGAAAUCAAGAAUUCAUGGUACUCGCCGAAAGUUUGUGACUUCUGUCAGCGAACUUUCUCGAGCGGCCGCUGUCUCAAGAAACACAUCGAGACAGUUCACAUGAAAAUGAAAAAUUUCGCGUGUGAAACCUGCGGCCAUCAAGCCGCCCGUAAAUCGAUGCUCAUGAUCCACAUGCGGCUUCACACAGGUGAGAAACCUUACGUUUGCGAUUACGAAGGCUGCGGCUAUCGAACCUGUGAUCACAAUUCGUUGAGACGGCACAAAAUGCAGCAUUCCGGGGAGAAGCCAUAUAAGUGUCCACACUGCCCUUAUGCUUGUAUACAAAGCAUUUCAUACAAACGUCAUAUUCGCACAAAACAUCCAGAGGUCGAGAGAUCGAAUGUUUUCGAAUGUCACAGAUGCAGUUUCAGAACGAUCAAUGAAGAUAAGAUGGCGGGGCACAUCGCCGUCCACGAAGACCAGGAUAGACUUGAUCGAGGGGAACAAAUGCCGGGCCUGAACCUCCAGAGAGCCUUACGGAGAAAUUCCGAUCUGAACUCAUCAGCAUCAUGCACGGUUGCUCAGGGCGAUGGCCCUGUCAUAUCUCGAGAAGCUGAUUCGACGUUAUUCCGAGAAAACAUCACCCCCCUCGGUACAUACGUCGUGAUACCGUACGGGCAGGAUCCAUCCAAUGACAAGACUCAGCAUUCCAUUGGAGUGGACGUGUCUGCUCCCGAGCUUGGGUAG